GCUAAGCAGUCCCCUGCAGCGCUCCUGAGCUCUGGAUGGUCUCAUCUGGAUGGGAAGAAAGGUUUGCCCUUAACUCAAGCUAAAACCUCAUGGAGACAAGGGCUGCUGUCAGAGGGAGGCUCUAACCCAGCAGGCUGCUGAAAGGACCCACAGGCCAGUGAUCAGGGGCUCGGCUCAGCGCGAAGGCAGGACAAUGGCGGAUGAGGAUAUCUAUGAGAACAUGCCGAUGACGGAAGCUGCUCCCCAGGCCAAAGGAAACCCUCCCCAGACAUCGGUCCCUUGGCGGCACAGGGCGGGGGGCAUCGUCACUGCUGUCUUUCUCCUCCUGAGUCUGGCCCUGGCCACGUCCCUCCUUGCUGUGACGCUUCUAUAUCUCCGGGCACAGAGCAAGCUGCAAGCGGUUGAAGAAGCGGUGCAGAAGCUCCAAGUCUCUCUGCAACCUGACAACGCCUCGGAUGCGUCAGCAAAGGGAUCAGACAGUCUGCAGCUAUUGGAUGACGCGCAGGCAGAAGUCCGGAUGCUGAAAGCCCAGCUGGGUAACGUCAGUGCAGCGUAUGGAGAAAUCCAGAUCCGGCUGGACAUCAGUGCAGCGCAAGCAGCAGUGCAAGGUCGUUGUAGUGACAUGCUGAAAAAGCUCCCCAGGGGCUGGAGGUUUUACGGUGGGAACCUCUAUUACUUUUCAAAAGGAAAAAAGUCGUGGGACGAGGCCGAGCAAUUCUGUGUGUCUUGGAACUCACACCUGACCUCUGUCUCCUCCCAGGCAGAACAGGAGUUUCUCUCCAGCGAGACCCAGGGAGAAGAUCACUGGAUUGGACUCACCGACCAGGAGACAGAAGGCAGCUGGCACUGGGUGGAUGGCACAGAAUACAGAGCAGACGCAAGCAGGGGGUUCUGGGCGGAGAAUGAGCCAAACAAUCAUGAUCCGGAGAAAGAUGGUGGAGAAGACUGUGUUCACACUGAGCCAAGAAAGCAGAAUUUGUGGAAUGAUUACAAGUGCACUCAGCCUUUCAGGUGGAUUUGUAAGCAGGCCCAUGGAUAGGCUGGGCUGUGACAUGCAGGUCCCAGCACCUCAGAAAGCCGCCUUAAUUUCCAAGCUAGAAUAUUUCCCAGCCACCUGCCAAUGAGGAGCCCUGUGCACUGGAGGGGGCCGCAUGGGAUGUGCAUUACAGGGACGCUUUUUCUUGCUGUGAUAUUUCUGGCUGUAGCAGCAACAGCGACAGCUGCCCUUAUGCCGCUCAGUGUGGCUGGCUCUGUAAUUUGUAUGUUUCCAGGUCUGUCACUGAAUAAAAUCCUUGGAUCGUGGAGUUAUUGUUUCACAAUCAUCCAAUAAAUAAUGAUUUUCUUGACUUCUGGUAGUCAGACCUGUUCAUGAUGACAACAGCACCUCCGUUAUCAGCCUCUUUGAUUAUCAUGUCAGGGUUAUUUCUGAGGCUGUGGAUGGCACUGCGUUCUGCACGACUUAGGUUAUGAGGCAAGCAAUGUUGGUUUUCCACAAUUUCUGCCUGUGCAUGUCGGCAGAAGCAU